AUGUCUUCCAAAAACGAGUGCCUGUCUUGUACAGGAGGGAAAUAUUGUAAAGGUCAAGGACUGAGUGAUGUGUCAGGAAACUGUUCUGCUGGGUUUUACUGCAUUUCUGGUGCUAGCAGUGCCUCCCCUAUGGAUGGUAUCACUGGUGGCCGCUGCCCACAGGGACAUUAUUGCCCAGCAGCCUCAAACCAGCCAUUGGCAUGUAAAAAUGGAACCUACAUGCUAUACAAGCAAGCUACUGCCUGUGACAUCUGUCCAUCGGGGCACUACUGUAUUCAUGGUGACACGAUUCAGAAAUGUCCUAAAGGUUAUUACUGUCCAGCUCAAACUAGUCUCAACUGGAAGAAAUGCCCCAAAGGUACAUAUAGUUCGAUUGUGGGACUGCAGGCUGUGUCUGAAUGUACUCCAUGUGAUGCCGGUUACUUCUGCAGUGAAGCAGGAGUGGAUCGGGUGACUGGACCCUGUGCACCUGGAUAUUACUGUGAGAGUGGAGUGGACACUCCCGCACCAGAGUCCAACAACACAGGCAAAGGAGGGCCCUGUUUAGCAGGAACUUUCUGCCCAUCUGGGAGCUCAAGGCCAAUUGGAUGUCCUGCUGGUAGCUAUAGCAACAGAAGUCAUCAGUCAGAGUGUGAUCUUUGUAGACCUGGAUUUUAUUGCACACCAUACUCCACCUCAUUUCUCCUGACACCUUGCUGGUCAGGUUAUUACUGCCCUAGUGGUACUAUGGAUCCUAACCAAUACCCGUGCCCAGUUGGGACCUAUAACAACAGAACAAUGGCUCAGAGUGUCUUGGACUGCCUUUCUUGUCCAGCUGGUCAGUAUUGUGACAGUAAAGGUCUAAAUGCUCCUUCUGGCCCCUGCACCCCAGGGUUUUAUUGUCCAGGUACUGUAUGCAGCAACCAACUUCACCUUGGUGCCAACAUAUCGGAUUAUCUUGAGACCCAUGCAAACAGCCUUGACCAUUGCCAGAAUUUUACAAGGAAUGUUUGUCCUCCAGGGUUCUACUGUCCUGAAGGUUCUUCCCAGCCGGCCCCAUGCGAUCUUGGCCAAUACUGUGAGCAGUCUGGUCUGUCAAGCCCAACUGGACCAUGUGCUGCUGGGUUUCUGUGUGAGGGCAAGGCAACUGUCAUCAACCCAAAACCCUGUCCUGCCGGACAUUACUGCCCAGAGGGAACAAGCACAAUCAUUCAUUCUUACCAGUGGUUCUUAGUAACAGUCUUUGAUGAUGAUUAUGAAAGGAGGUUACUGUUUAAGCUGGCUUUUAAACUCUAG